CUAAAACCGUGAAGACCGCAUGAUUAAUAGAAUUUUGAUCUUAAUCCACUGUUUCCAAUAAAGCGCAACAAGAUAACCCAUCAGUAAAAACCAUCAGAAGGAGGAUGCGACGAUGGUGAAUUCGUACACACCUCUUCGUUUCACCAUUUUCAUCUCCUUCUCCCUCGCAGCUGCCUCUUCCUUCAAGCUCUCCGCUUCCCAUUCUCCGUCGUCGCUUCCGAAAGCCACCGCCGACGAUCUGCUCUCUGUUCUAGGACCACCCUCCGCCGCGUCCACCCUUAACCCCAUUGUAUCUCGAGAAAUCCGGUCGUGUCUCAGAUUCCUCGUCCCUUUCAAAUCGGAUAGUUCUGGACCCGAAAUGGGACGAUGUUCGCUCCGCACUGGACUCUGUUCUGGGAAAAUUGAGAGGCGGAGCAAGUCUGAAGAGGAUAAUUCUCUCGUCUGGUGGCCACCGGAGCCGGUUCUCGAGCUCGCUCGUCUCGCUGUUGACUCCGGCGGCGAUCCCGGCGCAAUUCAGCGAACCCUCGAUCCCAAAAUGCUCCCGGUUCCUGAUGUCCAAGGAUCAAGGAAAGACAAAUGUCAACUCACGAGAACUCCUUAUGGCCGUCACUUCAUAGCAGAGGAAGUGAACUCAUAUAUCGAGUUCUUGUUUCGUCUAAUUGAAUCUAGGGGACCGAGUGUCGGAUUCAAUGUUUCCUUGACUCGAUUUGAUUUGUUCCAUGGCCACCUCUUCCUUGCUUCAGAAUCUGGACGCCUUGGGAUAUUGAGUUGGUUUUGUGUUGUUGCAAUAUCAUUUCUUGAAAGGUUUCAUGCUAAAGAGUAUCCAGCCUAUGACAAGAAAGUGUUUCCUUACAACAUGGGAUAUUGCCAGAGAGAAUCUGAUGUGAAGUACGAUGAUUCGAUGAACUUGAGAAAUAUCCUCUGGCUUGCACCAUUGCCCAGCAAAUCUACUCCAGGUUGGCUUGCUCCAGGUGUACUUGUGGUGCUUGAUGCGCAUCCAGAUGGAAUCAUAUACCGAGAUCUCAUCCCUAACUAUGUUAAGUUUGUGAGAACUAUCUACGAAGAUGAUUUGGGAACUACUGCUGUUGAUGUCAAUUACUUGAAUGUCGGAGCUCUGGAACCUGAUUAUCAGCUUUUCAUUUGCUAAAAACCAUUCAAAACUGUACAGUUGUAUAUGAUUAGGAUUAUGCUCAAGUUUUAGUUACUGGAGAUGUUCGAGGUUCAUGAUCUUUGGAGUUGGAUGCCUAAAUUAGGCAGGUGUGAAGUUUUGUGCAUCGAUAGCACUUCAUAAAAAGUAAUUUAAAAAAUAAAAAGCUCCGAUGCCGGGAUUUGAAGGUCCCUGGGUGAAAGCCAGAUACCCUUUCACUAUUUUUUAAUUUAUUUUUAUUAUUAAAAUCUUUUGUUUUCGAACUUUUAAGCACUACUUUAAAGAAAGCAG